AUGGCCGUCACCCCUCUGGACGCUUUCAACUUUUUCGAAAACCGCGGUUGCUUUCUGGUUUCGGUCUUUCCCACGUUUCCGGCUGGAACUUUGCACUCCAACACGCUCAAGGUCAUUUUCAGCUCCAAGCAAGGGUCUGGCUACCUUUCGUCUCAUCACAAGGAAGAUGAACCUCUUCGCGAGAUUUGUUCAGCUGUCGAUCAACCGACGUCAUUUGUGGUGCAUAAGAUCUCAGCACUCAAUGACUUGUGCCGCCCAGUCUCAAUGGAAGCGGCGCAAAAUUCCCGAGAGUCCAACCAAGGCAGCCAUCCCGCACCGCAGCAACAAGCGCCAGCGGUGACUAUGUCCCUUCCUACGUCCAAGGACCCUCCCUCAUCUUGGCACAAGAAAAUCAAGGCUCGACUUUUUCCUGUGCCGACUGAAGAGCCCUAA